AUGAGUCCGUCCAGUGUGUUGCUGGCGCUUUCUCUGGUCCACGGGGCGUCGGUGUGGGGCCUCAACCCUGACGACCCCAACGUCUGCAGCCACUGGGAGAGUUACGCCGUGACCGUGCAGGAGUCGUACGCUCAUCCCUUCGACCAGAUCUACUACACCCGCUGCACCGACAUCCUCAACUGGUUCAAGUGCACCAAGCACCGGAUCAGUUAUAAGACGUCUUACCGGAGGGGGGUGCGCACCAUGUACCGGCGCCGCUCGCAGUGUUGCCCCGGCUACUUCGAGAGCGGAGACCUGUGCGUCCGUGAGUAUCGUUCUCGCCGCCGUCCUCGCCGCUGA